AUGUCUACCUAUGAUCAAUACACCGAGGGCCUGACCCUUGUCCACAAGUUCGCUGAAGGGGAAGGGCUUGUGAUUCUCCUAACCGGUCCAACUCCGGGCGGCAUCGGUGCCGAGACACUUGUCUCUCUUGCAGCCGAAUCUCCCGCAAUGCUCAUCGUGGUCGGGCGCUCCGCAGAGAAGGCACAGGCAACCAUCGACGCCAUCAAGGGGGUCAAUGCUGAUGUCAAGGCCAAGUUUGUUGAAGCCGACCUCACCUCUCUCAAGAGCGUCCGGAAGGCCGCACAAAUCAUCCGCGAGGACACCGAGAUCGCCAAGAUCGACGUGGUGAUUAACAACGCCGCCGUCAUGGCCACUCCGCGCAUGAAUAGUCCUACUCACCAGUUCCGGGCACCGAUUCACGGGCGUGCGGUUCGAGGACCCGAAUUUCACCGAGCCGGGCUCGUACAGCGAGUUCUCGGGCUACGGGCAAUCCAAGAGCGCCAUCAUCCUGUAUGCGGUAGCCUCGCCUCGCGCGGCACCCACGCCUUCGCCGUGCAUGCGGGACGCAUCAGCACCAACCUCCAAUGCUACACCAAGCAGAUGAUCGGGGAUGAGUUUAUGGAGAAAUUUGACGAGGCGUCCCGAAGGGUCACGGGCAUGUCGCUGGCUGACGCUCGCGAGCUCGACCCGUACAAGACGCUGCAGCAGGGCUGCGGGACUACGCUCCGUGCGGCUCUGGACCCUAAUCUAGUCAAGGAGGGCGUUUAUAUGAAUGAUACCCUGUUGACGACAGACCCGAAGUGGGUGAAGGCAUGGGCGACGAACCCGGACUUUGCGGAAAGGUUGUGGACGAUGAGCGAGGAGUUGGUUGGUGAGAAGUUUGUGUUUUAA